GUAUGAUUGCUCAAUCGAAAGAGUGCACUAUAUUCUGUGGUAUUUGCGUACGUAACGGUUAAACGCAUUUGACCGUCUCCUUUUUUAAAUCUAUUCAAAUCGAACUUGUGGUUUGCCUUGUUUUAUAGAUUUUUGAAGACGAAAGAAACUCCCCACGACCCGGUAGGGAACGACAAGGAAUUUACAGUAACGUCGUAGCAUGCUGUGGUACGUGGAGUACGCCCUCGCAAUCACACUGUUCGCGUUUCUCUGCUACGCAUCACUUAAACGCAGGAAUCAAUCAAAAUGGGAAAAAAUCGGCUAUCUGAAAUCGAUCGAUCUUUACCCGCUAAAGGGGGGUGCAAAGUUGACCGUGGACUCUGCGUUUUGUGCGAGCGUGGGCCUUGUUCAAACCGGCGACGAAUCCGACACACCACUGCUCCGAGACAGGUGUUUCGUUAUUUACGCCGAACAUAACAACGAAUUCAGAUCGGCAAGGCAGUUGCCGAGAACUCUUCUUAUUAAAGUCACUCCGUACUGCCCAAGAACAGUUGCACUCGACGCACCUGACACGAAGAGGUUCCUCCUCGAGUUACCCAACGCUUCAGUCCCGAAUGCUACCGUUAGGAUGCUCGCUGGUGAAUGUGUGGAGACUACCGAUUGCGGCGACGACGUGGCUCGAUGGCUUUCGCGGUUUCUGCUCCAAGAAGAGUGCGGAUUGCGUCUGGGAUAUAACGACGGUAGUUUGGCAAGGAACUUGGAACUCAACUGGUCGGAUUUGAUACAGCACGAUACGUUGUUAAGCAGCAAAGCCGCGGGAUUGUAUGCGAAAUUAGUCAGCGUCAGCGUUACGAACCAAAUGUCGAUCGACGACUGCAACGAUAAUCUUGCUGGCGUGGUCAAAGUGACCGCGGCUAAUUUCAGGCACAAUCUUUUGAUAGACGGGCCAGGGUUGAAAGCGUUCGACGAAGAUCGCUGGGAUUGUAUCAGCAUAGGACGGGCGGUAAAGCUGAGGAAGGUCAAAGACUGUCUCAGAUGCGCAGUACCUGGUCUCGAUCCACAGACAGCAAAAAAAAUACGUCCUCGGGGAACCAAUCAAAACACUUAACACGUAUCGAAUGGGUUUGGCCGGUCCCGAGAAGGGCAACCCUAAAAUGGGAAUUUGGUGUGAGGUGAUACUCACGGGGCAUCUUAAAGUUGGAGAUUCGGUUUACGUUACGAAACGAUGAUCUGUGCCGCUUUCAAUUUUAU